CCUAGAAAAAAUGACUCCUACCCACAGUAGUCCCCCCUCCCCCUUCAGCGCCACAAGUACCCAGGCAGUCCGCGAGGCGCAGGUUCCACCCUCUCCGUGGUGGGCUCAUUCCUGUGGGUGUGGCUACCUGACGCUAAGAUUGUUUCAGGGGAGCUGGGGGGAAAUCAAGUCAAUCAACGGAGACGAAGAGGGGAUAUGCACUUCCGGGGCGUUUCUCUUCUGGGGGGUUCGCUUCCGGAAGGGUGUUCGGGCUCGUCCCACCCCCCCUUGGAGGGUUGCUCCACCUGCAACUGGAGCCGUCAUGGAGAAAAGUGGGAACAUUCAGUUGGAGAUUCCUGAUUUCAGCAAUUCUGUUUUGAGCCAUCUUAACCAGCUUCGUAUGCAGGGCCGGCUGUGUGACAUUGUGGUCAAUGUGCAAGGCCAAGCCUUUAGGGCCCACAAGGUAGUGCUGGCUGCUAGCUCACCUUAUUUUCGAGAUCAUAUGUCACUCAAUGAAAUGAGCACAGUCUCCAUCUCUGUUAUCAAGAACCCCACCGUGUUUGAGCAGCUCCUUUCUUUUUGCUACACUGGGAGAAUAUGCCUCCAGCUCGCCGAUAUAAUAAGUUACUUGACAGCAGCCAGUUUCCUACAAAUGCAACAUAUUAUAGACAAAUGUACACAAAUCCUGGAAGGAAUUCAUUUCAAAAUUAAUGUGGCUGAAGUUGAAAUGGAAUUGAGCCAAACAAGAACAAAGCAUCAAGAAAGGCCUCCCGAAUCUCAUCGGACUUCCCCAUCUCUAAAUCGGUCUCUGAGUCCUCAUCAUAGCACUCCAAAAGGAAGCCGUAUGGGCCAGGUUAGCACAGUUCUGGACAUUCGGGAACUUAGUCCUCCUGAGGAGUCUACAAGUCCUCAGAUAAUUGAACAGAGUUCAGAUGUAGAGAGCCGGGAACCCAUACUGAGGAUUAAUAGGGCAGGUCAAUGGUAUGUGGAGACAGGAGUGGCAGACCAUGGUGGGCAGGGUGAUGAUGAUGUUAAAGUCCUUGGAGCAGUACGAAUCAAAACAGAAAACUUGGAGGAGUGGCUAGGGACAGAGAAUCAGCCAUCUGGAGAAGAUGGGAGCAGUGCUGAGGAGGUCACUGCCAUGGUGAUUGAUACAACAGGCCAUGGAUCAGUGGGACAGGAAAAUUACAGUUUGGGCUCAUCAGGAACAAAAGUGGCCAGGCCAACCAGCACUGAAACAGACAGAUUUAGCCCUUCAGGUAGUGUGGUUACUGUAAAUGAUCGGUACAGGUCAAAAAGUGAAUCUCCAUGGCGGAUAGAUGAACCUAAGCAGCCCAGUUCCCAGGUGGAGGAGUCAGCUAUUGUUGGAGUAAGUGGCUAUGUGGAAUAUCUCCGUGAACAGGAAGUAUCUGAGCGAUGGUUUCGUUACAACCCACGUCUCACUUGUAUCUACUGUGCCAAAUCGUUUAACCAGAAGGGUAGUCUGGACAGGCACAUGCGGCUUCACAUGGGCAUCACACCUUUUGUUUGCCGGAUGUGUGGCAAAAAGUAUACCCGCAAGGAUCAGCUGGAGUAUCAUAUCCGGAAACAUACAGGAAACAAGCCCUUUCACUGCCAUGUCUGUGGGAAGAGCUUCCCCUUCCAGGCUAUCCUCAACCAGCACUUUCGUAAGAAUCACCCUGGCUGCAUGCCUCUGGAGGGGUCACACAGCAUCUCUCCUGAGACCACUGUUACAUCCAGAGGGCAAGCUGAGGAGGAGUCUCCUCUUCGGGAAGAAGCUGGUCUGGCUGGGGAAACUGCGCAGGGAUCUGUAUCAACUACUGGGCCAGAUUGAGACCAAAUGCCCAGUGGCUGGGGGAUCUUCUGUAGGAUAAGCAAACCCCACUGGGAUGGCGAGCUCCUGUAGUUGGUUGUGCAAUGUUGCCACUGGACAAACACUCCUGAGAGGUUGCCAAAACAGAAAAGAUACUGUAACAAAGUGCUUAUAGUUUCCCUCAUUUUUCUCCAUCUCCUUGGAAAGGAGAAAACAAAAACUGAGUCAACUAACCUCUGAUUCAGGGAUUAACAACUUCGGAGGGGUGGGCUUUUUUUUUAAAAAAAGUAUUCAGUAGUGAACAAGGAGAAAUAGAUUUUUCUCAUUUCUUAGCAACAGAUCCUGUAGUCCUAUGGGCUGCAGAGAUCUAGCUAUGGUGUAUGCAGAGCAUCAGCAUCUGUAUUUAUCAAAAUUGUUAUACCUCCGUAAGAUACAUGGGGUCAGGAAUUGGUUCUUGUUCUUUUGUGCCCCACUCUCAUCUCCCAGGUAAUUCUUUUUUGAGAAGAAUGGCUGUUGUAGUAUAACCAACCAUGCCUGAGUAUAUUUUAUCUCAUUUUGUUUUGAUGUGUCUUUUAAAAAAUUGACCCAUUACUUAAGGGCUUUUAUUGGGGGGAGGGGGCUUGCCAUUUCAACAUGUGUGGCCUUGCCUGUUUGUUAUAAGGCUAGCAACUUUUUGAGCAGUAUUUUAAAAAUGACACAAUAUUUAAGUAAUUAAGCUACUGAAAAAGAAGGCAGUGACUGUGAGGCUCUGCCGGUUUGAGUGAUAUUUUCAGUUGUGAAAUAUGGGUAGUGCAGAACACGUCACAAUUCUUGCUUAUUCAAUGUGUGCUGCAAAAACUGAAAAGUAGAUUUCUAGUUAUGAUGAAUUUUUAAAACAGUGACUUUUCUCCAAAGGUCAUCCUUUGCCUCCCGUGCACUUGAUCUAAUGAAACAGCAAUAUUUGUAUAUCAAAAUAGAUGGAUCUCAGUGGGGGAAGAAAUCAUGGUUUGUCUGUGUCUCCCUGUUUGGUAUUUUUAUAUGAAAAACAUGCAAAAAAAAAAAGGCUCCUACAAUUCAGUAGGAUCAAAGCUCCCAUUUCCUGUAAGCAAUGAAAACUCUUCCUUUACACCUCUAUAAUAUUUCACAUAUGAAAUUGGGGAGCUCUCUCUCUCUCUUCCCCCCCCCCAAUCCAGGAAAUAUGCAUUUCAUGUUCCUUAAUAUUCUGUUUGUAACUGAAAGGGUACAUGUGCAGGACAGCAAAUAUUUCAAAAAAGUGUCUAAGAUUUGCAAAAUAAGUUAUGCAUUGGUAUUUAGUAGCAAUGAUGUAGAAUAAAAGUAAAGAGUUGGCAUAAUGCUAAUAUUAUAGAUUAUAUGGAGCUAAAAUGACCGAAGCAAAAAUUAUAGGAGGAAGCUGAGAUAUGGUGGAGGCAUGAAAUGGGUGGAGAGAGGAAUGAUAAUGGUAAAGGAAGAAAUAGGCUGUUGGUAAACAUGCUUAGAUUUAUGCAGUAUUAAUAUUCGGCCAAUCUUGCCUUCUUAUUCCACAUGUUUCUUGCUUCUAAAAAUGAAACUAUUUAUGUUGGCAGGAAGAAUGAAAAUUGUUUGAUGCUCUCCCCCUUCCUCCCAAUACACAUAUUUCUUUUUUAUGUUAACUGAGGAAUUCAUUCCAUUCCCCAAUUCAUGAUAAAGCAACCAGUGAUUUUUCUUUGUGAUCAUGGCAAAAAACAAAACUCAUUGAAAAGGUCAACUCAUACAUGUUUAAAGGUUUGACAAGAUUCUCCCAAACACACAUGCACACACACUUUCAUUCUGAAUGAAGUAGGGAGGAUAAUAGAUGUGAAUAUAUAUAUCUAUAUCUAUGCUGCUUUAAUCAUAAUUUUCAAAUCUACCAAAAAGAGACA